AUGCUCGACGUUGGCCUCGGCGUCCGACUGAUAGUAGCUGCAGCCGCUGCGCCUCCAGUUCCAGCACCACCAGGCAAACCGCCCUUUCCUCUCUCCUCCUCCCUCCGCCGCCGCUGCUGCUCCAGCUGGUGGUUCUUCAACGGCAACGCCCAUGGAAGAGACAUCACCACCACCACCACGAGCAUCAGGACGAGGAGGAGGAGGUGGUGGUCCGACCCAGACGGCAGCCAAGAAGACUACGGUUCCUCUUCUCUAGAGGAGGAGGACGAUUACGAUUACGAUUACGAGGAUGAGGCUGCGUUCUCCGGAUUUGGCUGGGCCGGGGAGCUAUUCGACGAGUCCUGGUUCUCCAAGGUAUUUAAGACGUACGGAGUCCUUCUACCGGUGAUGCUUAUGUCCAUGUUUGCUGCAACGGGGCUAAAGUCCUUUCUAAUGGCCAUGGCGAUCCCGCUCAGUCAGUCGGCCAUAUCAUCUCUGCUUCGGAGAAAAGGCAACCACGAUGACUGGUGGGGGAUUUUCUUCAAGAAAAAUGACAGGUGGAGGAGACCAUUCGAAGAGGAGGAAUACCCCGAGGACGCCACUGGCUUUGCGACAGGUGGUCGAGGCAAUGGAUACAGCAGCAGCAGCAGAAGCAACCAUUAUGAAGGGAGGAGAAGGAGGCACAACUACCAGUCAUGGUUUCCUAAAGAUUUUGCUGCUGCUGCCUCAACUGCUGUUGGAGCUGACGAUAACACCAAGAGCAGCAGCAGUGGAGAUGGCGGAGGCAACAAAAGCAGUGGCGGAUAUGGAGGAUGGGAUGAGCUUCUGGACAACAACACUGCUGCUGCCCCGGAGGCGAAGAGGAGCAGCAAGCUAGCAACUCAUUCUCAGCUGGCAACACUAGUUACAGCACGAAAUCGCGGCCUUCAGCGACUAGGGAGGAAGAUGCGGAUUAUUACCGCCGCCGGUGGUGGCGGAAGAGUGGAGCAGGGAGUAGGAGCUCCUCCUGAAAGAAAGAGAAUGAGACGACGGGGGAUGCCAAGAACGAUGGGGCUGGGCGGUACCAGAUACAAGCAGGCACCACUCUUCAUGCGCUUGUUUGUGGCAGUCUUCCCGUUCCUGGGAUCAUGGUUCAGGCUGCUCUGA